AUGGAGCGACGAGCCUUCUUCGCUCAGCUCUUGGGGCGGGACGACCAGGACGUGGAAAUCCACAUGGACCUCGUGGCCGCCCUGGACAAGGUGCUGGGCGGCCCGGGCGGCGUGACGAGCUCCGUGGAGGAGGGCAUCGACCGCUCCCGCUACGAAAAGCUCCUGCUAGCCAUGACAGCGUACGUCGUGCGGAGCCUCGCGACGCCCGGCGCGACGAUGCGCAAGGACAGGAAGCCCCUCGGGGAGAUCCUCGCCGCGGCGGAGCUGCCCUACGUGGACUUCCUGCAGUACUUCCGGGACAUCCUGCAGCGCUGCGAACCAGUGCUGACCGCCAAGUUCCACGUCGGUGCCAAGAGCCUGCUCGAACGCAACGCGCAGCAGCUCUGCGACCGCUUCUUCUUCACCGCCGCGUGGAAGGGCCUCGCGCAGAAGAAGCUGCACAACUACCUCAGGGCUCCGGAGGGCGUGUCCGAGCUCGCGUGGCUCAUGUUCAUCACCCUGCGGAGCAACGACGUCGCCUCGCUCCAGAACGACCAGAUGCGCUCGUGCAUCCUCAUGGUGUGCGUCAUCAACUUGGUCCUCGCCAACGCGCCAGCCACGCUCUGCCGGUUCGCGCCGGGGAACGCCGGGGAACUCCUCCGCGUCGCCGCGCCCGACGGCCGCGCCGACUCGCUGCUGUCGCUCUGCCAGGACCUCGGCCUCGGCGAGGCCACGUCCACGGAGUGCAAGGAGCUGAUGCCGUGGGUGGAGGACUCGGUCGCCGCGGCGCUCAGCGAGGCGCGGGGGGCGCAGGUGGCGCGCGUGGAGAGCGCACACGCCGCGCACGUGGACACGUCGUGCGGGGCGCUCGAGGGCCUCGUCGGCGCGGACGGCGACUGCGCGGCGUCGGUCGCGGCGCUGGACCGCCUGUACGCGGACACGUACAUGGCGGCGGGGGAGCUGGACGAGCGGCUGCUGUGGCGCGACACGGGGCGCAAGGUCGGGGCCGCGGCGGCCGGGGCGACGCCGCGCGCGGGGGCGCUGCACCGCGUGCCCGCGGAGGCCCUCGCGACGCCGUUCCGCGGCAUCGACCGCGGCGCGGCGGUGUUUCUGUCGGGGGGCCUGCCCGGGCGCGGCGCGCGGGCGGACGACGCGGCCCCCGCGGGCGCGCUGUCGCCGCUGCGGUCCCCCGCGGCGACCGCGCUGCACGCCUCGCACGUGCCGCAGACGCCCAUCACCGCCGCGAUCCGGUCGGACUCGUGGCUGACCAAGCUCCUGGAGGGGGCCCCGGACCCGUCCGUGGCGCCGCCGGCGUUCCUGGUGGAGGCGCUCGGGGAGGCGCGGGCGGCGGGCGUGGUGCGGGCGGCGGCGUCGCUCGUGGCGCGCGCGUUCGAGGACGCGGCGGACGUCCCGGGGGAGGCGCGGGGGGCGCGCCCGGCGCUGUUCCAGGACAUGCGCGAGAGCCGGCCGCGGUGCGCGACGAAGCUGGUGUUCUUCGUGAUCGGGCGCAUGGUGCAGCUGAACGCCGGAGCGGGCGCGAGCGCGGACCAGCGGCGGUCCCUGGUGCGGCAGCUCACGGGGGAGGCCAACCUGGUGGGGCUGGUGGCGCUGUCGUGCGACGUGGUGUGCCACGCGAGCCACAUCCUGCACCUGCGCUUCCCGAAGAGCCUCGAGAAGCUCGGGAUCACCGCGUUCGACGUGUACAAGCUCAUCCAGCCGUUCCGCCGCGCGCUGGACGUGGGCAACAUGCCGGGCGACAUGACGCAGCACAUCUUGCGCCUGCUCAUCUCCAUCGUCGAGGAGCACGCGUGGACGCCCGGCUCGUCCUUCUACCUCAACCUCUACCUCGCCGUGCACGGCGCGCUCCCGCCCGACGCGCGCACCCCGGGGCGCGAGGCCAACAACGGGUCGGGCUCGCCGCGCUCCACGGCGGAGGAGGCCGGCGCGACCGCCAACCCCGAGCACGCCUCGAUCAUGGCGACGCAGACCGUCGAGACGCACGGCGACGGCUCGGAGGCCAGCGGCGGCGACGAGAACGCCCACCCGGCGGCGGGGCAGCACAUGGUGGUGCGGCGGCCGGGCGGCGGCGCGGUGCGGCUGCCGUCGCUGCCCACGACGCUCGACCUGCGCGGCGGCGGGGAGGCCGCGGAGCACAACACGGCGCGCAAGGUCCUGGAGCAGUUCUUCCGCGACGUGCUGAAGCGCGCGCAGGAGCGGCUGAGCGCGCUGGUGGACCGCCUCCCGGAGGCCUCGCUGGGCCCGCCGCAGCAGCGCGAGGAGGCGAAGAAGCUGGUCAUGCGCCUGGUCACCACCGCGCUGACCGACCACCUGGAGCUCUUCUUCAACCGCCACAUCGACCAGGUGCUGCUGUGCGCGCUGUACGGCGUGUCCAAGGUGCACCGCGGGUUCGGCGCGGGCCCGAACGGCGAGGGGCUGAAGUUCAAGUGCAUCGUCGACGCCUACGGGAAGAUCCCCAACGUGCGCGGGGGGGUGUACCGGCAGGUCGUGCAGUGGCAGGACCCCGUGUCGCUCGCCGUGCGCGAGAGGAACGACAUCAUCAAGUUCUACAACAAGGUCUUCAUGCCCGCGCUCAAGUCGCAGCUCCUGGCCAUGCGGGACCAGGCGCCCGCGGGCUCGCACCCCGCGGUGCCGCCCGCGCAAACCUCGCCGGACGAGGCCGUGAGCGGGCAGGUGCCGCCGGCGAGGGCGCAGACCAGGGGCACCGCGGCCGCGGACGCGGACGUGACGCCGCCGUCGAGCCCCGCGCGCCCCGCCGCCGGCUACGCGAGCCCGUGGGGCGGAGCGCCGCUGCCGGUCGUGCGCUCCCCGCAGCGCGCCACGGGGGUGUGGGUGAGCCCCAUGCGCGCGGUUGCGGCCCGCGGGGGCUCCGCGUCGGAGGGCGGGGCGAGCGGCGCGCCCCCCGCGACGGUGCAGCCCGGCACGGGGCCCGUCAUCCUGCUGGACCAGCCCAGCCGGGCGUUCCAAACGCGCAGCAACGAGCUGCAGGGCGCGAACGAACAGAUCCUGCGCGACGGCGGCGCGCCGGCGUCGCCCGAGGGGGAGCGCCGGAGGCCGAAGAAACACCGCGUCGCGUAG